GUCGUGGGUAUAGCUGGCCCUCUUCUUCGUCCGGGACCCCACUCCACGUUGGGCCUGCCUCCCCGGGGAAGCCCGAGGCCGCCUGGGUUUGCCAACAGAUCUUGGUGGCGGGAGAAGCAGCCGACACCGGGAAUGUCAUCACCGCAGCUCAGAGGAUGGGCCUGGUGGCGUUUUCAGCUUGCUUUCCCGGGCCGGAGCGACUUGGGUUGGAGCAACCGCAUCCCGGUGGCCUCCACCCUUGUGCGUCCCAGCCCGCCCUCCCUCCGUGGAAGUAGGCCGCCGCGAGAAGCAGGCUGUGGCGUGGCCGAGGUUGAUUUAGACAUGCGGGGAGACUGGGAUAAUGUAGGAAAUGAAGGAAAUUUCCCCAGGGAAAGGGGAAGAAAAGAGAGAGGAGCUUAAGUGCCUCGAUAAUUAUAAAGCAUGGCGUGGUGAUUUAUGGCCAGCAGGCAGGCUCCUCUGGUCUCUGCCGCCCCUCCCCUCUCAGUCCCUCGUGCCCCCGGAGACCCGCUGGUGGGGGAGGCAGUGAGGCCAGCGGGCGCCGCCCAGCACCCAGGCCCUGCUUUGUGUCCUGGGGACAGAGCCCCUCUGUGUGCGAGCCCUGACGUCCGCUAUCUGGGGCGACCUCCCGGGACACUGGUGAGCUGUCAGCCGGGGAGCCGAGGCCUGAGAGGCUGAGCCCCUCACAAGGAUUCUUAACGGAGGAGCCGAAGCCAGACCGGCUGGCCCAAUAGAGCAGUGAUGGCCAGGGUGGAGGCGUCACCUCUCAUUCUUGCUGCAGGGGGAGGUGGAGCCGGGGCCACGGAUUCGGGCAGAGGCCAGGAGGUGCGUUUGUCCGGCUUGGGAUCUGUCUGGGUGUGCCCUAAAACUAAGUGAGGGCACGGCUCGCCAUGUUGGCCAGGCUGAGAGCGAGGCUGGUGCUGGCCCAAGGGGGCUACCUGGACAGCACGCCCUUUGGGGCCCAACUAUGGGCAGCCCCUCACCCCCCCCCCGCCGCUGCGGGGUUUCCUCUGCUGGGACCAAAACUGUCCCCUCCCUGCCUCCUAGAAUUCCUGGGGGCUGUCCCCCAGCUGCUGACCUGCAGGCUCGCCCUUGACUUCCCCUCCCUGCCACACCCAGAUGGUGCCCAAGUCCUGCCAGUUCUGCAGCUUAGACUGUAUGUGUCACCCAUACAGGGACGUGGGAUCACCAUGCAGGCGUCUGCCCCAACUGCUGCCCUGUGGGGUUGCCUUCCAGGUCCUGGCUAAAGUCCAGUCUCCCCCCUUCGGGGGACUUGAGAGUCCAGCAGCCUGGACUGUCCCUCCACGUUGCCAUCCGUCCACUCUCUAUGGUGCAGCACAGCGUCACCUCCUCCUGGAAGCCCUCCCUGCUCCUCACCUGCCCACUGCCCUGUAGUCCCAUGGCUCCAAGCUUGGGUGAUCCGCUCAUGUCAUGUGUCUGCCCUGGAAGACUGAGCCUCUCCAGAAGGACAGGCCAAAAUCACCAGCCUGGCACAGGGUAGGCUCUUGGGGAACAUUUCAUGAAUGAAUGAAACGGGAUCCAGAGACUGAAAUGGAAAAAGCCGAGGCUGUGAAUCAACUCCCUGCACUCAGGGCAGCAGCAUGAGCCACUGGGCUGGCCUCAUCCCCCGGGGCACCCGGGCUCUCGGAGAAACGGGACAGAGGCUACUUUUCCACCCCCACCAGUAUGUUCCCUUCUGGGAGUAAGUUGAGGGGCUUGUGAGCCUAACCCUAACCUCCCCACAGACCACGUGGAGGCACCCUGAGCACCUCUGGCCCAUGGAGGGAGGAUUCCAGGCCACGGGAAAACCACGGCUGCUUCUCUGGGGGUUCCAGGCGGGAAGACCAGGCUGUGAGAGGUGUCCUAGAAGGCUCUGGGGCCAUUUCCCCACCGCGUGUCAUUAACAAGUACUGGCACAUUCUGUUUAGGUCGGACGUUUCCAGUUCGUGAGUUUCCCGCACGGCUCUGUCGCGUUGCGGCCUGUGGGGGUCCUCCUCCUCCAGGAAGUCCUCGAAAAUGCCAAACCCCCCCCGGCCUCUUCCCCCCCUGCGCCUCAGUCGCACCUCCCGCACCCCUCUUCUUCCCCGUCGUUCGUCUUCACGGGUCUGUGAUGAGUGAGGGCAUCGGUGCCCAGACCUUUCCGAGGGCCCUGGCGUCUUUGUGCAGCCAGGACAGGUCUGGGGCAGCUUCCAUUAAGGCUUUUUUUUUUUUUUUAAUGUUUAUUUAUUUUGAGAGACCAAGUGUGAACAGGGGAAGGGGAGGGAGAUUUGGAGAAUCUCAAGCGGGCUCCAUGCUGUCAGUCGAGAGCCUGACACGGGGCUCAAUCUCGUGACCUGAACCGAAACCAAGAGUCAGAUGUUUAACUGACUGAGCCACCCAGGCGCCCACCAUUAAGGCCUUUUAAAAAGCGUUCCUCGGGGAGGUGACGCCUCCCCGGCUCUGCUGUCGGCUUGCUGUGUGAGCUCGGGCCCGUCCCUCCCCCCCUCUGAGCCUCCAUUUUGCCACCAUCUCUGUGACCUCCACUGCCGCCAUCUGGUGAGUCUCUGGAAGGUUCUGAGGCCCCAGGUUUGGAGCGGCUGCCUCGGGUGUCUGUAGGUGCCCCUGGGUCUUCGGGCUGGGACCCCACUUCUGGGGGUCUCCCCUGGGGAAGGGGGAAAGAUCUAGGCCCACAGACAGAGGCGUGCGUCCUCAUGCCUCUCCGGAACACGAGAAGCGGAGCAGCCGGGUAGGGUCCGGCGUUGACGUCUGGGCCAGGCGGCUGUGACGGAGCCACCGGAGGGCACGCCGUGUCGAGACGCUGCAAGGAAAGGCCGAGGCAGCCCGCCGUGACACACAGCAAGCCCCUCCUGGGAGCGGGUCUGCCCAGGGCUCAGCAGAGGAGGGCCGAGCGUCUUCUGCGUCUUUCUCACUUGCGCAGAUCUUGUUGAAUGAGGAAAACGUCACUUAAGCCACAAAGCCCACCGCCUGGCCGGGGUGACACUGACUCACAUCAUCACCGCAUAUUGCACCCCGAAACCAGAGACGUUGAUGUCGUGGGGGCCGGCAAGGCGGCGCCCUGGCCGGGGCGUGUUUGGGGCCAUUGAAAAUGAGCAGAGGCGACUUGGGGGGGUGCUGAAGGGGCCGCUGAGGUUGGGGAGCGCGUGGGGGCCCCUCAAGGCCGAUGCUGGUGGCUGUGCUGCAGCGUCGGGGCGGGGCCCAUCCUCAAGCGUCCGUCCGCGUGCGGAGCGUUCAGAGCGUGAUGUCUGGAAGGGACGUCUGUGGAGCACAGUUCUGUGGUCACGUUAGCACUGGGCCCGGUACUUUGCCCUUAAGAUACCUUGACAUCCUUUUCGACAAACCCCGACUCCGUAGAGCUCAAGGCGGGUGUGCGAACGGAGGUGCACCAGGGAGCAGCUCACUUUUCCGGAACCGAGUUGGGGAUUAGCGUGGUGUCGGCAGCUGACCUGCGGGAGGACCCCCCGUGGGCCCCGACACUUGCCGUCGGGAGUUUCGUGUUCGUUCGGCUUCUGAUGUCGGGCGAUGUAAAUGGCUGCUUUUUAAGCUACAAAACUGGGGCCCAGAGAGGCCAGGCUUCUGAAGGCCACGGAACCCGGAAGAUUCUACGUGGCCGUCUGGCGCCGCAGCCUGGGCUCCUCCCCGGGGCCAGCGGCUCUGCCACUGGAUGCCGUGUCCUCGGGGAUCUGGGCUUCCUGUGCCCUUACCACGCCAGCCAUCGGCGCCCCACGUCCCUGCCGGGGCCGUGUUGACCCCAAUGAAGCCGCAGGAUGUGGCUGCCCGCAAGCUCACGGCCUACUUCUGACCCCUCCUGGCCUGUCUUGGGUCCCUCUGAGGCCUUGGGUGUCCGACAGGACCCAGGGCCAGACCUCCUUCCUUCCCACUUCUGCACCUAAGUCGAGGGUGUGCUCUGCGUGAUUCAUUAGCAACUGGCUCUUGUGGGGAGGAUGUUUCUCCUACACGUGACCUUGGAGAAAGGCCAAAUUUAAUGCCGAGGAGACGUGUGGACUAGGCAGGCCGAGCCCUCUGGGGGUCUGGGCUUCCGUGGCUCUGGGCCCUGCGGCUCGGCCAACAUCAGGGUUCCUGCUGGGGGCUCUGAGCUCCUGCCGCACGGUGUCCACUCGGGCCCCAGGCGACUUGGUCACUGGUAAGACAAGAGGCUGGGAAGGAAUUUCUCCAGGAUGACCCAGAGACUCACCCCUGCGUCCCGUCACCUUGUUCUGCAAGUGACCCCUGACGUUCAGACGACCGACCGUGCACCACCCUCAGGCCCUGCCCCUGCCUCUGGACCAGCCUGUCCCCGUCAGAGCACAAGGCCCCAGCUGUGUGAGUGAGGAUCGUCUCCCUGGACCCUUGGCCUCAGUCUGCCCAUCUGUAAAGUGGGAUUGGCCUGGGCCCAGGCUUUCCCUCUGCACAGGCAGGGAGGGGUGGCCUGUGCCUGGGCCCAGGGCCCCCAGAGCAGUCCCGUGUGUAUCUGCCUUCCAUCCGGGGUUCUGAGCAAGACGUGCUAAAGGUGCGGAGACCACGGGCAGCACAGAGUCGGAAAGACGUGGGCCCUUGGGGUGUACCCACCGCCCAUCGGGCGGUGCGGCACAGGGGGCUUCCUGUCCAGCGGGUGUUUGAUGGGGCAGCGCCUCUCGCCCACAGGACGUGGGCAGGGGUUCCCCAGAGGGGACACGAACAGGAGGUGGGCUGUCACCGGACGGAGGCAGAACAGGAGCCUCGAGGUUUGGGACGUGGCUCGGGGUCCCGUCGGGCAGGGCCCUGGGUGCUGUGGGAGGUCGGGGAGGGGCUGGGGCCGGUCUCCCCCGUGUCCCCGCCCCCGGCGCUGCCCUGGCACGGCCGGUCCUGCCAGCAGCUGUCCCUGCGCCUGCCAGCAAUGGGCAGGAAGAAGCCGGCAGCCUGGACCCCGGGGUGGGAUGUACUGGGAUGUCCCCGGAAUGCGGGCCAGCCCCUCCGGCCAUCUGGUCGGAGGCCACCCCGCCACCAGGCAAAUGAAGACCACCCUUCGAGGGUCUGGGGCAAAGGAGGAUUUUCCUGUGGAAGGAGGCCAUGAGCCUACACUCUCGCCUGCCUCCCCGCAUCGCCGCCCCGAGCCGGGCCAUCUCCUCCGUAAGGCGGGAGAGCGUCAGUGCCACCGCCCUGGGCAAGAGCUUCUCCCCAGACCACCCGGAGCCCCUCGAGAGGGUAAGCUCAGGGUGGCGGGAGCUUGGGCAGGAGGAAGCUUCCAGAGAAGGCACUGCCGGCCCCCCCCCCAACUUUUUCUGGCCAGGUCCCCCUGGCCCUCCACGCAGGACAGGCGGCCGCACUUCCAGAGUGGACCUUACCCCUCCCUGCCGCUGCGGGGCCCGUCCCUGCCCCGGGCUAUUGGCUGCCUUUGUCUUUCUGGGGCUCCACAAAAUGGCCGCCGCAGCCUUCCGCCAUUUUGUGUCUGAGGCAGGCGGGCGGGUGGCCGGCGGGGGAGGAGGGAGGGAGACCACCGCCCGCCCGCCUGCCCCGAGUGGCCUGGACGGAGCCCAGCAGCAGCCCCCGCCCCAGCCCGGCCUUGGCCGCGGCUGCCCUGGGCUUGGCACCAGCCAGAGUCUUGGCAAGGCCGUCCGGGAACCCCGGCCCUUCACCCAGCCCGCUGGCCCCCUCGCCACCCCCCAGCCGCCCCUGACGAGCAGACGGAGAUGCUGUAGACCAGAGCCCAGAAGAGCUGUAAUUAAAGCCAUGCUCCUGGAGGCAGUCCUGGCAGCCACGGGGCCGGCACGGACAGUUCUAGAAAUGACGCUCGCCCGAGUGGGUGGGGAUGGGCUCCCCGGACCCGCCGUGACCAGGGCCCCAUCUGUUUCAGGCCACACUGGGGAGACCAGCGGCCCCCUCAGUCCUACACCAGCCACCCUGCCCCCUUACCUGCCUGAGGAGCCUCCGGGCUCCCUGGCUGGGCCUCGUGCUGGGCCCGGGGCUCAUGGAGGCCAGUCAGGUUUCCGGUCUGGACGCAGCUACUGCCCGUCCUCAGGAAGCGGGGACGGGGGGCUUCCUGGAGGAGGUGAGCUCUGCAGCCGGGCUUCCCGUGGGGCUGGGGCCAGCCGAGAAUCUAAGGUGCACCAGGCUGGGGGUGAGCCCGUUCCAGCCCAGCCCGCUGCCCUACGCAGUCCUCUCUUCCGCGGGACCCACAUGCCCCGAACCUCGGCUUCCCUGAAGGGCAUUUUCCGGAGCUGGGAGCAACCAGGCGUCUCCCUCCUCGUCAGAGAGCCUCCGGCCUCCUCCUGUGCCUCCUGCUCUCGUUCUGCGCACAGCGUUCUCAAGCUUGCCCCUCUGACAACACCCAGUGGGUUGGAGGGAGCACCCUACAGAGGGGAGCCGGUCGGGCAGGAAGUGGGCGCACGGCAUCCGGACAGCCUUGGCUGCGGGGCCUGGGAGCAAUAUCAGGGAGACGCGGUUGUCCCUGGGCCCGUUCACUGGAGGGACAGGGACCCCACCGGCCUCGGCAGGUGGAAGGGAGCCGCCGGCCUGCCGGGCGUCGGUGCCCACCCGUGGUACCCAGCCGUGAGGCCGUCAGAGGGCAGUGGACCUCCUAGAGGAGGUUCGUAGAAACGUCCUCGUAGAGGAGGGAAUGGCAUUUGAGGAGAGCAGGCGCCUUUUAAAGGGGCCGGUGCGGAUUCUCAGGCAGCAUGCGGGGUAACGCGGGCGCCGUGGGGGCAAGCCCCGGCCUGUGUUCCCUGCAUCGCCGAGGGUCAGUUCCACGCCGUCGAGGGGUAGAAAGCAGGCGUGCAGCAGGGCAGGGCCCCGGGAGCUGCGAGACGGCUUCCCCAGACACCUGUGGCCCAGCUAAGCCCUUCGGGCUGGGAAGGCCGCUGGACGCUGCCCCAGGCCCUUCCCAGACGCUCUCUCCUUGCGGUUGCCAGAGAGAACAUUCCAUCACCAUGAAGUGAGGUUUACUCACGCCCCGGCUCCCUCUGGGGAAGGCCUGCCGGACGGGAUGGUGACCACACGCCAGGCCAGGCGCAGAGCCUCCUGGAGGAGCCGGGAGCCCCGCAGCGGAACGACCGACCGUCUCGGAGGGGGCGGCGCCAGGUGUGGUUGCUGCGGGGCGGGGUUUCGUGCUGGGUGUUUUUAAUGGUACGGGUGCGUCCGGUCCCCUCCCUUACCCCUGCUCCUCGCCUUGUGACCCAGACUGUGGCCCGAACUGAGAACAUUUCAAGUCCGCGUGCGCCUUUGAGGCUGACGCUGUUGCCUCUGACACCCGACGGAGACACGCUCGGGAUCAGAGAGGGCUCUGCGUUCGUGCUUUUCCCUUUGGAAUUUGAGCGAACCCUGGACAGAACAGCCUCCCCGGCCGACGCCUUCUCCCCGGGCACAGAGGCACCUUGCCCUUCCUUCUGACAGCCGCCGGCAUCUGGGUCCCACUCUACAGGGCGGGCGGCUGAGGCCGGAGGUACCAACUUGCCCACGGCUCGCCGCCGGAGCAGGGGGCCCGGACCGUGACCCGGUGGACCUCCGAGCCAGCUGUCCCCUCCUCCCACCUGCCCACGGCCCCCGUGGAUGCAAGUGUGUCUGCAGAGCUGGCCAGCCUCCCCGGGCAGCGCCAGCCCCAGCCCCCCGGCUUCCCAAGUGGUCCUUUCUGGGACCUCCAAACUCGGGCAAAUGUGGCAGUGACAGUUCAGCCUCCUCUGUAUGCCUGGCCCUCCUCUAGGCUCAGGACAUCACGGCAGGCCCGGCCCCUGCCCUGGGGAGCACUCAUUUCCCCAGGCCUGGCCACCUUCACCACGCCAGCUCGGAGGCCUCUGGGGACAGGAAAGCAAGGAGCUGGAGCGGGACAGUCUUCUGAGGCGACAGCCGUGGGGGAAGCUGGACAGGGAAGGUGCCAACGAGAGAACGCUUUGGGGCCCUGAGACAGAAGGAGGGCUGGGGCCGGGGCUCCGUCUGGAGGCGUCACCCACCUGUGUGGCCUUUGCGGCCCAGAGGGAAGCGGGGCCGUGGAAAGAGCCUGGGGCCAGAGAAAUUUGGAUUCCAGCUCUGGUUUUGCUGGCCCACCCCCCCAGACAGGCUUUUGGGGGCCGUGAGGCCACCGGGCCUCGUACUCCCUGAGCGGAGGAGUCAGUCUUUAGGUUGGAGGUUUUUCCGUCAUGGGUAUUUUCGCGUUCAUUUUAAGAAUUUUACUUCAAAAUAAUUUGUCCUCGUCGCUGAGUUUCGGCGCCCCAUAAAUUGUGUGCCGAGGUGAGGGUCUGGCUGGCUCCCCGUUUCCUGGCCACACCAGGCCCACAGUGGGCACACGGCCCCUGCGCAUGUCGGUCAGACUGCCUGGUACGCAUGUCUCCUGAACUUUAUGGGCCGUGUUUGCAGGGACAGACCCACGCCCCCCCCCCACCCCCACCGCCACUGCCCGGGCCCCCGGAUGCCACCCCCACAGCUUUUUCCCAGACUCCAUUGUUGGCACGGCUUGCCGAGCAGAAACACUGGCCGCUUUAUGGGGAGAAACCUAAUCGGGGCGGCAGUGGCGGGGGGCAGCCACGGGGGGGCUCCCGGCUCUCAGUGGCCCCGAGCCAAGCCCGAGGUGACUGCGGGGUGACACCGUCUGUCUGCCUCCCUUGCUCCAGACAUCCGCCCAGCCCUGAAAGGGCCACCUGCCCGCCGAGGCCUCCCACACACCUGUCCCUGGCCGGCCCGGCCCCUCCCACCGGGGCCCGCCCAGCACCCUGCCCACAAGCGGACACCGAGGGGGACUGGGACGGGGCCGCUGCCCACCACUCUCCCCCACAGCCCUGCUCAGGGAGCCCCGUUCACAGUGCGUUCCCGCCCCUGCCGCCAGCCCUCCUCCAGGCUGACGGGGAAGGGUCUCUUUGGUCUGUCUCGGGAUUCCUUCCUAGGCCGAGGGCGCUGGUGAUUCGUGGGACUUGCCCGGCAGGCAAUCUUCCCCUCCAGCUCAGACUCCCCGAGUUGGGGCCUUUUCCCUGCCAGCUCAGAAAUGUCUCCACACAUGGGUCACCGACCCAGAAAUGUAAACCCUGCCCCUGACCCAAAAAACCCCCUCUCCAGAGCUGUUGGCUAAAGAAAGCCGCGUUUUGGGUGAGCUCUGUUUUGGUAAGGGCAGAGCCAGAGUGGGGACCCUGUUGGGGGUCAUGAUACCUGUUUCCUAGUCACCUAGAGAAAUUUGAAGCAGGCUGUUGAGUAUGCAGGAAACACGCCCCAGGCCCCUGGGGACAGUGGAUUCCCGCCUCCUCCGUGGGCACCGCUCCCACCCACAGCACCACCUGCCACAGGGCCGGGUCUCGCAGACGUGAGCACAGCUGGUCCCAGAGCUGGGAUUCCCCUUGGGGGCCCCCCGAGGCUUCCGGAUGGGCAGUGAGAGAGGCCCAUGGUGCGGGAGAUGGGGCCCUCGUGGGCAAGGAGCUGGGACAAGUGGGGCUGUCGUCCCCAGCAGAGAACAAGCAAGGACAGAGACAGAUGGGCCGGGCGGCUCAGAGGAGGCCUGCCCUGGGCAUUUUUCUUUCCCUUGGAGGACCUGUCUUGCUGGCUUCCCUGCCCCCACCCCCACUUUACGCCAGUCCCGAACGGUCGCCUGGCCAGAAUGGGCCAGAACCA